GUUGUAGCGUGAUUGAACACUGUUAGUGUUGUUGGUUGAUUUCCUCUCCACUACGCUGAGGACGCGUCCCAGGUCUUACAGCUCCUUGGUGGGUAUUUAGCAUGUCAGAUAAUCACAUCGUACGACAAAGCCGUCUGACGCCCGACUGCACAACGGAUGACGUGGCACGCAACCAUUGGUUAAUGAAACGCCUACGCAUCUUGUCAGGCAGGAAGUCUAACGUUACGUCUACUACCACUGUGCUCGUUGACCCCCGUGUCUGUCCUGUGGCAGGAAGUCGAACAUUACGUCUACUACCACUGUGUCUGUCCUGUGGCAGGAAGUCUAACUUUACGUAUGCUACCACUGUGCCCUUUGACCCCUGUGUCUGUCCUGUGGCAGGAAGUCUAACGUUACAUCUACUACCACUGUGCUCGUUGACCCCUGUGUCUUGUCCUGUGGCAGGUGGGUAAGCAGCAGGAGAUAGAGGACGCAGGUUACGACCCCCAGAUGCUGUCUCAGCACAGCAUCCUCCUGGACACAGACCUGCGCCAGGUCCAGACUGACCCCUCCUGUCAGACUACGGACACGCAGAAGAAAAGAUACCUGCUCCAGGUGUUCACCAAGCCCAUCUUCUCAGAGGACACCUUCUUCCUGGAGCUAAUUGAGAGGAGAGGUGCGUCAGGGUUCGGAGAGGGGAACAUCAAAGCUCUGUGGAGGUCUGUCCAGGCAAACAUGGACACAGAGAGGGCAGACUGAGGAACAAGGAGAGAACACGACUCCCAGAACAUAACCCCAGAACCGAAGCACUGCCACAGCGCCUAACAUUUUACAGCGAACACUGCAGCGAACUCCUUCCUCCGCUACUCUUUCGUCUGUGUGAGGCUAAAAUACACAGAGUU